AGAAAUGGUGGGAAUAUCAGAUAAUAUUCGUGGAUUUGUUUUGGCUAUUUCUUCAAGUGUAUUCAUCGGCUCCAGUUUCAUUAUUAAGAAAAAAGGCCUCAAAAAGGCUGGUGCUGCCGGAACUCGAGCAAGUGAAGGAGGGUACUCAUAUCUGAAGGAACCUUGUUGGUGGGCUGGAAUGAUCACUAUGUUUGUCGGAGAGGGCGCAAACUUUGCGGCCUACGCAUACGCUCCCGCGAUUCUCGUAACUCCACUCGGAGCUUUAAGUAUCAUUUUCAGUGCAGUGUUAGCUCACUUCAUUUUGGACGAGCGUCUGCAUAUAUUCGGAGUUGUCGGUUGUAUACUCUGCUUAGUGGGGUCCGUUGCCAUCGUUUUACACGCUCCCUUCGAGAAGGAUAUUGAAUCCGUUAAGCAAGUAUGGCAUCUCGCUACCGAGCCCGGUUUUAUUGUCUACACUAUCGUAGUAUUGGCGGUUGUCGGUGUUUUGAUCUUUAUGUAUGUGCCGAAAUACGGACAAACGCAUAUGGUUGUCUACAUUGGGAUUUGCUCUCUCAUGGGUUCUCUUACGGUUAUGGGAGUGAAAGCAGUUGCAAUUGCUUUGAAGCUGACAUUUUCAGGAUCAAAUCAGUUUAUAUACUUCCAGACUUGGUUUUUUACAAUUUUGGUCAUCAUUUUUUGUGUCAUGCAGCUGAUUUAUCUGAACAAGGCACUGGACACAUUUAAUACUGCGGUGGUUUCCCCUGUAUACUAUGUCAUGUUCACAACUCUCACAAUCGUAGCCAGUAUGAUUAUGUUUAAGGAAUGGGAUUCUCAGAAUGCAUCGCAGAUUGUGACGGAACUUUGUGGUUUUGUGACUAUUCUAUGUGGAACGUUUCUAUUACAUAAAACAAAAGACAUGGGUACUUCACCGACUUUAUCGUCCCCUCCGUACCAUCGGUCUAGAGAUUCAAGUCCCCGGCAAGUUGAGCCUUGAAAUUUAUUUUUUGGCAAUAUAUAUAG